GGUCUGGAAGGGCGGUCCUCCAAAUGGGUCAUCCACCCCUGGGGCGGGAAUGCCCGGAGGAAAGGGGGAUGUGCAGGGGGCCCUCAUGGGAGAGAGACUGGGAGGAGCAAGGAACUUCCAGGGCAGAGGGAGGGAUUUGGUCACAGCGCUGACCUCCCUGUGCCAAGCGAGAGACUAGAUCCUUGGGGAGAAGGGCGCUGCGCCUGGGGCGGGCGCCCCACGGGAUGGAGGUCUCGUCUGCAUUGUAGGGGCGCAGGCCUAGCUGCAGGAAGGAUCGGGGUGUAGGUAGGGGUGGGAGGAAAGGAGGAGGGAGUGGGGAUUGGGGGUCGUGGCUGUUGGGAGCACCUGCUCUGUGCUCCCCGUACACUGCGAGAGCCUUCAGAACAGCCAGCGCAUCCUCAGGACCUGGUGCCGUGCCCAGCUUGGGCAGGUGUCUGUUAAACAGCUGUUGGUUACGUAGGUAGACGAACUAGCUGAGUUGCGCUGGACGAGACACGGGGCUCCUCUGAGCCUCAGGGCUGAACCCAGUGAUCCCACAGAGCCCUUAGGAGAGCACCGCCUGCAAACGCCCCCAGCAAAUAGAAGAUUCCUGUGUCUGUUGGCUGGCCUGCCCUGGUUUAAAGUGAAAGCACCAUCAAGAUCUUUAAGAGGAAUCCAGACGCUGGAGGUGGCUGAGGUGGCUAGAAGCUUGGAGAAGAGGUUCCAGGUGGGCUGCUGAAGAGUGCUUAGGUAAUGACCUUGGUGGAACUUUGAUUGGAUUUCUCCUGUGGGACCACAGCAACUGAUGCCCCUCACUUGGCACCCUCACUGGCUGUGGCACAAUGGACAAUGGAAACGCCCAGAUGCACACGGAGGGAAGGAUCCAGGCUCCAGGAGCCCAGCCAAGUCCUGGCAUGAGCACCACCAGCAAGAGGCCUGGUGUUGAGCCUACCAUAUCAGAAAUCAGCCAGGUUGCGUUUCCAGAUGCUGCAGGGAUGGGCAGUGGGAAGCAGCCCUCAUCAGCCCCAGGGGGGCCAGAGAAGGGACCAGAACACAGCGCAGCCUCCGAGGAAGGGCCUCGGGAGCUCAGGACCCAGGAGCAGAGGCAGCCGGCAGAACCGGGGAAGAAGCAGUCAACCCCGGCACCCCAGCAAGGGCCCGGAUUGCGGCAAGGAGGCCGUGAUCAGGCCAAGCCAGGAAGUGAGCUGGGGGUGCUGCCUUCCAGGGUCCCCGCGGCACAGGAAGGGCAGCAGCAACAGGGCUCAGGGAAGGAGACCGAGGACCAACCGGGGAGACAUCAGAACCCAGGGAUGGUGGAGGGUCAGGCCCCCGAGAGCCAGCAGGACCCAGAGUGGCGGCCUCCCCCAGGUCACCAGGCAGCUAAUGGGGAAGACAUAGGACAGCCGGUGAAGGCUUCUUGCACCUCGGACAGCCGUGGGCAGCAACUGGGAGACAAGCCCGCCGAGGAGGUGGACACCCCAUGUAUCAGGCCGCAGGGGGCUCUGCCAGAGCCUGGCCCAGGGGGACAUGAGGACAGUUCUCAGGGGGCAGGGCCCCGAAUGCCCCUGGCAACUCUGGAGGAAAAGACGGCCAACUCCUUCCCACCAUCCACGCCAGGACCUGACCCCCCAAAAGGAGGGGUCGAGGGGGUGGAGACCCAGCCAACACCAGGGCCUGUUCCUCCACCAGAGACGAGGGACACUGGAGAGAGGAGGGACCUGAAUCCCGUGCAGAAGCAGCCUCAGGCGCCCACGGUGGCCGCAGGGGCCCCGAACCUCGGGAACCUUCGGCAAGGCUUCAUGAAGUGCUUGCUGGAGGUGGAAGAGGUGGAGGCCACACAUCGGAGGGCGACGGCCAAGGCCCGGGCCCUGCCAAACCGGAAGUCCCCCAGGACCCUGACCCAGCUCAGCUCAGCCCCCAGCCUGCUUCUGACCCUGCCUCAGACCCCCGCGCCGGCAUCCUGGGCCCGGUUGCCAGCCCCCGGGUCAAUCCCCGCCCCUGGGGGCACCCCGGUCCCAGGGCCCGUGGUGGCCCUGCCGCCCCCCACCCUGGACGCGGGCUGGAGAAGGACAGAACUCCUGCAGCCGAGCGGAGACAGGAGCCUGAGCAGCUCCAAGGCACGGCAGGAGCUGGAGGAGCGCGGCCUCCUCAAGCUGUCUCAGACCCGGGAGGAGAGGUCGGAGGACCACCUCACCCUGAAGCAGGAGGAAGCCUUCCGCAGCUACUUUGAGGUCUUCAAUGGCCAUGGCGAGGUGGACGCCCAGAGCCUGGAGAACAUCCUGUUGCUCGUGGGCAUCUCCCUGACACCGGCCCAGGUAGAGGACGCCCUGAUGAGUGCUGAUGUCGAUGGAGAUGGUCGUGUAGGCUUCAGGGACUUCUUGGCUGUGAUGACAGACAGCGGGCGUUUCUUCUCCUCCGUGGAACAGAGCGCCCUGACGGACACGGCUCCCCCCAACCCCCACACUCUGCUCUUUGAGAUCCUGUCCCUGAUGGUGGAGAUGCUGGCCCUACCCGAGGCAGCCUUAGAGGAGAUCACCGACUAUUACCAGAAGAAGCUGAAGGCAGGCACCUGUAAGGCCCGAGAGAUGGAGUCGGCCAUAGGCCGGCUGCGGUCCCGGAAGAAGCUUCCCUGCAACCCCCAGCAAGCAGACACCUCGGAAGUCCCGGAACGAAGGGUCCUCAGGAUCCUGAGCCGGCUGAAGCAGCAGAACUACGGUGAGGGCCUUGGGCGUGGUGAGUUCUCCGCAUUCCUGCCCGCCUGGCCUCUCCCUGGGCCCCCCGCGGCCACACCUCCUUGCUGCGCGACAUGGUUGCCCACGUCGGGCCUACCUGUGGGCGGUAGUCAACGGGCUGCAAACCGCUCCUCCACCUCUAGCUCUCUGACAGGGGCCCCCUGCGCUCUUCCCCCAGGCCUUAACCCUGAGCACAUGUUGGUCCCAAGAGCCUCAACUGAGAACGGAGGGUGAUUGGCCAUCCCAGCUCACCAUUUACUGAACACCCACUGGGGUCACUCCCCAUGCUGGGACUUCGUACAGGGGCUAGAAUUUAGCCCUCGCCAUCACGUUCACCCCGUUUUACAGAAGAGAACAGUGAGACGGAAGUUUAAGCAACUUGCCCAAGGCCCCACAACUAGCGUGUGUCAGAAAGGGCAGUGUGGACCCAGGUCUGAUUCCAAAACCUGUGCCCUUUUCACCGGGCAAGGCUGCCUCCCCAUAACAGCAGGGGCCACCGAUUAGAUCCCUACUGUGUGCCAAGUGAUGGGCUAGGAGCUUUCCAGAGUCUCUCCGGUGUACUGACUGGACCGCCAGGACCCGUCACAAAGACGUGUCCUCCUGUGCAAGCCGUUAUUAGCCCUUACUCCGUGCUCAGGAUUUAGCCGAGUGCUCCGCGCGUGUUGCCCCUUUAAUCAGCUCUGAGAGGUGGGCACCACUAUCACCUCCAGCUUACACAGAGGCUCAGAGAGGUUAAGCGAUUUGCCCAAACCCACCCAGCUCAUUAUGUGGCAAAGGUGGGAUUUCAGCUGGGUGGGCCAGCCUCCCGAGGUCGGGCGUGCUCUGGAGCGUUCCCCUCUUCUGACUCCUCCUCCCUUGCCAGCUGCCAAUCUGCAGAGCCCCUACGCCCAGGUGCCCUGCAUCCCGCUCUAUCCGCGGCUGGACAAGAAGAUGGCCCGACGGAAGCAGGGCAGCCACUACGUGCUAGAUCAGUGUACGCCCACCAGCCUGGGCCCUGACAUCCGUA